GUAUUAUAUGAAUUGUGCAUUUCAAGGUGUGGUAAUUUGACCUUAGCACUUAGUAAACAUUGCAUAAGCGAUCAGCUAGUCUAGCUAAAGCUACAACAAGUUAAACUGUGUAUACAAUGGCGAGUGAUGCUCCUCCAGCCUACACUGAGGCCACCAAGGAUGGCCCCCCUGCGUACGAGACAUUGUUUCCUGUGAAUGCAAUCAAAGAGGCCAAAGAAAACUCGAGUAACAAGGGUACCUUUGCUGCCAAGCUCUGUGAAAUUAUCUGCGGAUCUUUUGCUUGCUUGUGCUGUCUCUUCAUCAUGGCUGCUCUCCCCCUGGCUAUGGUUGUGGUUGGUGGACUGCACGUGGGUAAUUGUGAGGGUCAACACUUUAUUCCGAUCUGGCUGAUAGUGUUCGGGUCAGUGAGUCUCCUUCAUACGAUCGUGAGCAGUCUCAAAUACUGUGCCAAAAUCGGGGCCAAGAAAACCGAACAAGAUGGAGAAAACAGAAAUCAGAAUAUGGCCAGUCGAGGUGGAAGUGGGUGUGAGAGUUUGUUGUCUGUGUUUCUCUUCAUCUGGACAAUUGUUGGAAGUUCAUGGGUCUUCAGCUUCUAUUAUAACACCUGGGCUCCUAAUGAUUGCACCAACAGUUACAACAGGGCUAUGUGUGAGUGUGACGCUGUCCCGUUCCUCUUCUCUUACAUCACUCUGAUAAUCAUGUACACUGUGAGCCUACUCAUCUGCUGCUGUGGCUGUUUCUGUAUUGUUUGUCUCGGAUUGAUCGCUGGGACUGCCACCACUGAGGAAUAAAAUACAGUUGUUGUGUGAACAUAACUAUCGUAGAUGUUGAACUUGUAUAACUGUAGAUCAUCAAAUUCUCACAUAAUUAUAGGCAGUUUUUGUUUUUCAGUUUUUCAUGUACCAGUGCAGUAUGAUUGUGUUUCUGACUGUAAAA